CGCUCUGAAGUCUUCCGGCCCCGCCCCCGCCCCUUCUCUUUAUCAUCCGCCUCCCCCGGUGAAAUGGCCAUAUUCUCCGCUCCCUGUUCACCCGACUUGGAAGACUCCAUCUGACGCUGAAGCAGCGCUUACAAACCCCGGGACAUCAUGGCAUCAGGUGUUGAAGUAGACGACGAAGCGGUCAACUUGUUCACUGACAUGAAGAUGAGGAAGUAUACUGAAACUCCGGAUGGGAAAAAGAUCAGAAAGAAGGCAGUGGUGUUUUGUAUCAAUGGCGACAAGAUCGUUACUGAAGCAGACAAGGAAAUCUUGUCAGUCGACGAUGACGAGGAGCACGAAGACCCCUUGAAGCGCUUCAUCAACCUGUUACCAGAGAACGGCUGCAGAUAUGCCCUUUACGACGCCGCAUACGAGACCGAGGAUAACAAAAAGUGCCAGGACCUCGUCUUCGUCAUGUGGGCUCCAGAUACCUGUGGAGUCAAAGAGAAAAUGCUGUAUGCGAGCUCCCAAGACGGCGUCAAAAAGAAGUUUGAAGGAAUCAGACAAGUUUGGCAGGUGAACGGAAGGGACGAACUCGAUUGCAGUUCGGUGGCGGACAAGCUGCGCGGACAUGGAUCAUGUUUGAAAACCCUGGAGGGCAGAAAGCUGUGAUGUCACGGCGGCGAGCAGAGCCCAGCCAACCGCCGUGCCAUUCAGACCGACGCAUCCCCCCCCAUCCCCCACUUGUUCUGUCAGCCCCCCUCCCCUCCCCAUAGCCCAUUCUUUUUUUUUCUGUUCUGCUUUGUUAAAUACAGGGAUCUCAUUAAUCUUACGCUAUGCAAACCCUAACCCAGUCUGUUACCACAUGACUUUAGGGUCAUCUCUCUUUCUGAAUUUUGGCCAAAAAAAAAGUCAGUGUGACAAAAGCAGCGCCCCCCCUCCCCAUGAGGGAGGAGACCAUUGGUGUGAAGCUCCGCCUCCCACCACCCACGGGUCAGUUCCACCGAGCUUUUUUCCACGUGACUUUUAUUGUUGUAAGCUGUUUUCGACUAUGCAUCCGCAGCGCAGCGCUUUGUGUUCUCACACUACAUUCUGCCUGCCCGCCCUCACUCUGGCCGUUUUGUCGUCGCCUUACUUCCAUUUUGAAUGUAACCGAGUUGGGGUGCAAUUCUUAUUUUUGGAAAGAAACAUUACAGGACGCAGAUUUCACCCCGGCGUUGAGACGGCCCCACAACAACAACGACAAACGAACGGACAGAAAGAUGACAUCUGGAGCCUUAAAGCAGAAUUUUGUUUUCUGAGAUCACAGGAAACCACUUUGGGAGUGAUGAUGCUGAGAAAAGGUUUUGCUUAAUGAGCUGAUGAUGUCACGUGAUGUCACAUCUUCUCUUGGCUGUCUGACCAAUCGGCUGAGACCAGCUGAUCCAAAACUCAAAACGCCUUCACUGCUGAGGCACGAAGUCUGCUUUUCAGUGUGUGAGAAUAAAGCAAAAAACAGAAUUUGAUUUGAUUCCACUUCACUGCGAAAGCGAGAGGAUGUGUGCACAAUGAUGGAAACAUGGCUGCGUUAACUCCUCCCUGUUGUUUUCUGUCUCCCCCUACAGCCGAGUUUGUGUCUGACGUGGAGCUGAUGUUCUCAAACUGUAUUCAGUAUAAUCCCCGUCACACCAACGAGGCGCUUGGCAGGCUUGGCCUAUCAGAGCGCGACUCUGCCCCGCCCGCAAAACGCUCACGGCCCUGAUUAAAAUGCAGACCAAAACUCCACUUUGUCGAGGAAAUGCGAUGUUUCCAUUUACAUUACAUCCACAAAUCCACGAGUCAUUUUGUUUGAAACAGGAACGAGAAGUGAUUUAAUGACCUACAGAGCUGUUCAAAAACAGCUGGCAGAUGUUUGUUUUCAGUGGAAAGUUCAGAAGUUAAGUCUUUCUCACUUUCAGACAUCAAAUUUCAAUUUCAUUCACACGAGAAAGUACUUUUGUUUGCGGUUAUUAAAUUUUGGGACUCUCAGGCUUCCGUCACUCAUCAAACUGUGAACCAUAUAGGGCAGCUCCUUCCCCUUCAUGUGACCACGCCUCCUUAUACUCAGGCCCCUCCCAUUAGACACAGGCCCCACCCCCUGAUGAAAGGCUUCUUUGAUGAGGGUUGUCUGAAUGAAUAUAUCCAAAGAGAAAAUGACCCCGGAUCUUGAAUUUCCAAAUGUUGAUCAAAUUGAAAGGAGAAGUUGAGUGACCUAAAAAAUCAGAGGCAAUUUCUGAACAAAGGAUGAAACAUUCACACACAGCAGGAAGUGAGUCACAGAGUUUCUGUUCCCUUUAUCUUUCACUGAAAAGUUGAACUAACCCUUUAAAAGCCCGAGCUGCUGCAUGGCCUCACUGGAUUUGUAGUCAUUCUAUAUUUUUUUCAGUUUCCUGCUGUAGAUGGUUUUGCUGCGUUCUUCUGUUCUGAUGAGUGUGUGUGUGCGUUUGUGUGUUGUUGUUGAAUGGAGGUUGAUUGUAGACACAACACUGGAGCCCCCAACUACGGUGAGAGGGGUCCAGCUGCAGACCUCCACUCUCAGGACCCUGAGCUCCACUCUCAGGACCCUUCCCUGCAGACAGCUCACCUCCACUCUCAGGACCUGAAGUUGAUGCGAAGCCUUUCAAAAUAAAAGCGAGAAUAUCGGAAUCGUGUAUUCGUACUUCCCCAUGAAAAUACGGUUUAUUUCUUGUGGUUUUAUUUUUAUGUUUGUAAUGUAAAUAUGAUUUAAAAGCAAGUAAACUAAUAGUCUGGUUGCAGACUUCCACUCUCAGGACCCUUCUCCGCAGACAGCUUACCUCCACUCUUAGGACCGGAAGUUGAUAGAAAAUCUUUCAAGAAAAAAAAAAAAGCGAGAAUAUCGGAAUCGCCUAUUUUUCAUUCCCCAC